AACAUCAUGAACAUCACGACCUUACUGGUUAUUAUGAUGAGUUAUUAGAUAACACAAUCCUUGACAAGAUGGUUCUAGACAACCUGAUUUCCAGAUGUAUUUUAAUGAUAGAGGACAGAGAAGAAAUUGUCAAACCAACCACACAACGUGAACGUAACAAGGUUCUACUGGAUAUCCUGACUGAACGACCAUAUCCUACCUUCCAGUUAUUCAAGGAUGUCUUACAGGAAUCUGAACCAUCCAAUAGUUUUGUUCAACAGCUUGUGAAGAGAAUGAUGAGUACUGAAAAUAGAGAUGAACACAUUAAUUGGCAAGGACAUGAGAUUGUUUUGAAUAAACACAAAGUUAAACUACAAAAGAAUUACAUGAUGUUUGUCCAUGGUGUUGACUCCAAAACAGACAUAGCUGACCACCUGUAUCAGUCUGAUGUUUUAAGUACUGAAGAAAAAGAGGAAAUUUUUAAUUCUUCUCUCACUCAACAGGAAAGUAAUAGACUUUUAUACAACAAAUUGAUUCGCAAAGGUGGAGAUGCAUACACACACCUUCUUGAAGCUGUAAGACACGGAAAAUACCAGGAUGUUGCUUCAGAAAUGGAGAAGACAGAAUUGUCAGAUCAAGAAAUACAAUUGUGUCAAAUUGGAAUGAAGAAACUCAAAGACAGACAUGAGAAAAAAGAUAUUCUAAUGGAUCACGAUGAAGUUAUUCCUAAACAUAUACAAGAGCAGUUUGAAAAACGCUUGGAACAGUGGAAAAAGGAUGAUCAACAGUUUGUUAGCACUGAAGCAGAGAAACAUGUAAUGCAAAAAGUUUUGACACAAAGUUCAGUUACCCUGGUUGGAAAUUCUGGCACUGGAAAAAGUUUUCUUUCAAAACACAUUGCCCUAAUAAUGAAGAAACAUGGCUAUACUGUAAUUCCAUGUAGUAAACCAAAAGAUAUUGGAAAAUGGUUUAAACAUGGGAGGAAAACUUUGUUUGUAUUUGAUGACGUCUGUGGCCGAUAUACUCUUAAUCAACAAAUUUACACUGACUGGAAACAAAGACUUGAUCACAUAAUAUCUCUUCUUGAAGACAAAUGUUGUAAAAUCAUCUCUACAUGUAGAUUGGAGGUUUACAAAGAUGAACUAUUUAGCCAUCUCUCUAUUUUCAAAAAGUGUAACAUCGAUUUAAGUUCACAAAAGUUUAAAUUUAGUGCUGCUGAAAAAUUCGCUUUAGCUGAAGUUUACUUUAAGGAAAAAACUGAUGAAGUAAAUGAACUGUCAGAAAAAUAUGACUUUUUCCCACUUUUAUGUAGCUUAUAUCAUAAACAGAACCUCCAGAAAAGUGUAAGCAUUAGCUCUUUUUUUAGCAAUCCUUUUAAAGUCUUCAAAGACCAACUUGAACAAAUGUAUCGGGAAAGUGAUGUGGGUAAGAUGCAGUAUUGUAGCUUAGUCCUUUGUGUGAUAUUUAACAACACAUUAACAGAAGAAAACAUGUCACCAAAAGAUAAGAAGAUAGGAGCAGUCAUAGAAGAUUUACUAGAAGAAUGUGAACUGAAUAAAGGAACAUCCAUAAAACGAUUAAAGAAUAUCCUGGAAACACUUGAAGGUACCUAUGUAGUCAAGGAGGGUAGUACAUACAAAAUAAUCCAUGAUAAGUUGUUUGAUUUCCUUGCCAAGUACUUUGGGGAGAAGAUGUUACAGAUUUUUAUUGAUCAUGCUAAUACUGAUUUCAUUCAGGAGAGAUUUCUUUGGAAGAUAACAGAUAACAUGGGCACAGAAAUAGAGUUUGUAAUAAGAAUACCUGAUAAUUAUGCAAAAAGUUAUAUAGAUAGGUUACUUAAAGACUGGGAGAACAGAUUUGUAUCCAAUGUAUGUCAGAACAGAAACAUGAGUUCUACUAUAUUUACAGAAAAAAUGGUGAAACGUUUAAACCAACUUGAGCUAUCAAAACAGGAAGAACUUGUUCGUACUAAAGAUAUUCACAAUAAAGAUAUAGCACUUGGAGGAAGUUGUUAUAUGGGUACUAUUGACCUUGUCAAAUGGUUGAUAAGUAGGAAUAGUGAUGUUAAUUAUUGUAGAGAGGAUGGUUGUUUCCCUUUAUUAUGGGCAAGUCAGGAAGGACAUGUGAAUGUUGUUAAAGAACUGUUACAACAUUCAGCUGAUGUCAAUAAGUGUACCAAUGAUGAUACAUCACCUCUGUAUAUAGCAAGUCAGGAAGGACAUGUUGAUGUUGUUAAAGAACUGUUACAGCAUUCAGCUGAUGUCAAUAAGUGUACCAAGAAUGAUGCAUCACCUCUGUAUAUAGCAAGUCAUAAUGGACAUGUUAAUGUUGUUAAAGAACUGUUACAACAUUCAGCUGAUGUCAAUAAGUGUAACAAUGAUGGUAUAUCACCUCUGUCUUUAGCAAGUCAAAAUGGACAUGUUGAUGUUGUUAAAGAACUGUUACAACAUUCAGCUGAUGUUAAUAAAUGUAACAAUAAUGAUGUAUCACCUCUGUGUAUAGCAAGUCAGAAUGGACAUGUUAAUGUUGUAAAAGAACUGUUACAACAUUCAGCUGAUGUCAAUAAGUGUAACAAUGAUGGUAUAUCACCUCUGUAUAUAGCAAGUCAGAAUGGACAUGUUGAUGUUGUUAAAGAACUGUUACAGCAUUCAGCUGAUGUUAAUAAGUGUAACAAUAAAGGUGUAUCACCUCUGCAUUUUGCAAGUUAUAAGGGACAUGUUGAUGUUGUUAAAGAACUGUUACAACAUUCAGCUGAUGUCAAUAAAUGUGACUUUAAAGGUAAAAUUCCUCUUAAUGUAGCACAGGAGCAAGGACAUAUAGAAAUAGAAUCAUUGUUAAAAGGAAAAGAAAUAAAUCAACAUUGAUGUCAAACUGAUCAAUGCUAGUGGAGGAUAUUUUCUUAUUGUUUGUAUUUGGACAAAUUCAUACAUUAUAAUUCAUUUAUUCAAAACCUCAUAUAGCUGACAUUAGUUUUUAGUUUGAAGUAUCGGCACGAGUCAAUACUUCUAUUUACAUUUAGCUGUGUUUUUGUAAAUCUUUAUUGUUAGGUUGAUGUCUGUAUUAACAAAUCUCUUUUUAAGCAUAUAUGCAUAUCUUGUUUUUCUGAACAAUUGGUAAAAUUUUACUGAAAAUACUCUUAAAUCAGAUAAGGUAACUAACUCUUGGCUUGUUUUUCAAUUAACAUGAUUAAAACAAAAAUACAGCAAAUUAUUGGGAAGUGAAAGCAUUUAAAGAUAUACCAGCAGUAUGCAAGAUAGUUGUACACCCUCUACAAACAGCGAUGGAUGGAUAUGCCAAAAACAAUUAUAUAUAUAAAUCACAAAGGUUAUAUUGGAAAAAAAUGAAGGAAGAAAAACAUUGUAUAUAUGUGAAUGUCCUCAUUAUAAUCUGUUGAAAAAAUAGUUCUAUAAUAUCAUUUGUAAAAUUGUCAAAAUGUUAAACUCAAAUGCCAAUUUCAAUUUGUCUUUUUGUUCAAGAAAACCUAAAGGUAUUAAAAAUUAUUGGAAUGUGCAUGAUAAAAUUGAGAAACGAAAUGGGGAAUGUGUCAAAGCGACAACAACCCGACCGAUGAUGUAUAUAUUAAUGAAUGUCUUGAAAUCAGAAAAAACUAUUUUUAGUACAGAUAUGUUUUAUAUGUAACCCAUUAGGAAUAUUUGCCUGUUAAUAUUAUAUAUUCAUGAUAUUAUCUGUUUUAUUACUGCAUGUUUGCAUACAUGCUUAUGGCUCUGGAUUGGCUGUGACUUAAGAUCUUAACAUUUAGUUGAUUAUAUUCAUAUUUGUAUUUGAUUGUCAACAAUAUGUUUUUCAAUUAUGAAAAAUUAUCUAUUAAACUAC